ACACAGUCCCAAACCCGACUUUCACGCAUUCGGAUCCUCAGUUGGAGAUUGGGACUAUCUGAAAACCCACGUUUAAAACAUCCUCCAGACUUCAGUUUUGCCUUAUAUCAUCCGGACUAUACUUUUUUCUGACGUUGGAGAAAGUGGACUGGUUCUCCUGACUGUUCCUGCGCCGUCCAUCAAAUUCCACCGGCUUAAUAUUUUUGUAACACAUUGAUUGCAUUUUGUUGUGAAUCUGUUGGUGUAGAUCCACUCGGAUGUUUUAAGGAUCCGGAAAGCUGUAUAUGGAAGUUGUGGGGUGCAAGGCGAAAGAAAGCAGUUGCACAUUGCGUCCAGCAGCCAUGCUUUUCCACGGCAUCUCUGGGGAUCAUAUUCAAGGGAUCAUGGAGGAGAUGGAGAGGAGAUCUAAAUCGGAGUCUCGACUAGCAAAAACCGUCCAGAUGAACGGACGGGAGACGACUAUGCCCUCCAUGAGCCCAGAGAAGCCUGCGCUGUGCGCCGGCUGCGGUGGUAAAAUCUCCGACAGAUACUACUUACUCGCCGUUGAUAAACAGUGGCAUUUAAGGUGUCUCAAGUGUUGUGAAUGUAAACUGGCCCUUGAAUCCGAACUGACGUGUUUCGCAAAGGAUGGCAGCAUUUACUGCAAAGAGGAUUACUACAGAAGGUUCUCCGUGCAGAGAUGUGCCCGCUGCCACCUCGGCAUAUCCGCUUCGGAAAUGGUGAUGCGCGCCAGGGACUCCGUGUACCAUCUGAGCUGCUUCACCUGCACCACAUGCAACAAAACACUGACCACGGGUGACCAUUUCGGCAUGAAAGACAACUUGGUUUACUGCCGGGUUCACUUUGAGACCCUUAUUCAGGGAGAGUAUCACCCUCAAUUAAACUACGCUGAAUUAGCGGCCAAAGGCGGAGGGCUUGCGCUGCCUUACUUCAAUGGCACCGGCACGGUGCAGAAAGGAAGGCCACGAAAGAGGAAGAGUCCGGCGAUGGGGAUUGACAUCGGCUCUUACAGCUCAGGUUGUAAUGAGAACGAUGCGGACCAUUUGGAUCGGGAUCAGCAACCCUACCCUCCUUCCCAGAAGACCAAGCGCAUGCGUACAUCAUUCAAACACCAUCAGCUUCGCACCAUGAAGUCCUACUUUGCCAUUAACCACAACCCCGAUGCCAAGGACUUAAAACAACUCGCCCAAAAGACAGGACUGACCAAGAGAGUUCUUCAGGUUUGGUUCCAAAAUGCACGGGCCAAAUUCAGAAGAAACGUUUUGCGGCAGGAGAAUGGGGGUGUUGAUAAGGCUGACGGCACGUCACUUCCGCCACCCUCUUCCGACAGCGGUGCUCUGACCCCACCAAGCACGGCCACCACACUAACUGACCUGACCAAUCCCUCUAUCACCGUAGUAACUUCAGUCACCUCUAGUUUGGACAGCCACGAAUCUGGGAGCCCCCCACAAACUACCUUGACAAACCUUUUCUAACACGGAGUUGCUUUUUUUGUCUUUAUCCCCCUUUAUUUCCAGAUUCUAUUUUUAUUUUCCACGAAAAAACGAAAAACAGCAACAACACAAAAACCUUUUGGUGACCACCAGAAAGACUUUGGAAAUGUAAGACGAGACCUACUAAAUGUGUAGCAUUUGCAACCGCGUGGCAGCUGAGUUUGUAGUACUUGUCAAUGAUUUGUUUUUUGUUUUGUGAUCUGGACAUUAAUUUUAUACGUUUAAUUUAUUUAAUUUGAGUUUCUGUUAGACAUAUCAGUAAAACAAAGAUGAACGAGACCCACUUUUUAUGAAGCGUCAUUAAUUACUAUGCUAUAACGUUGUAAUGAAUCAUUUGAUACAAUGUAUUUAUUAUGUAGACACGUGUAUUUAGAUUUUGCUUUAAUCUGUAAUCAAUUUCUGUAAAUUCAUCUGUAAUUACACAAAAUGUAUCCAAUAUCAGUAGCUGCAAAAUUGUUUUGCGAUACAGCAUGAACAUUAUAAAUACAUUGUACCUAAUAUAUAGAUGCAAAUGCAUAGUAUUUGAAGACACUUUAUAUAAAGUGGGACAGAAUUUGUUAGCAUACAGUACAUGGUAUUGCAUUAUUUGCUUAUUGCAUAUUUGUUCAAGUUUAACCCGGGACAUUUUUGUUCAUGUUUCCCUUGAGCUCAAAUGCCAAGUGGAUGCUGUAAGCUCAAUUUUGGUCAAUAUUGUCACUGACGCUGGACUGUAAUGUCGAUAAUUGUUUGAAACGUUACCACCUAAUUUGUCACAGUGUGGUGCGAAUAGGAUCACACACUCCUAAAAAUAAAGGUUCAGGGUCGUAGAAGAAUAAUAUUUGGCUCCCUUUAAGGAAACGCUCCCUACACUGUAAAAAAUACAGGGUUCCAUACAAUUCCUUCAUGUUGUCCCAACACAAAUUGAUUAAGUUAACUUAACACUUUUAACAAAUUUUUGUGGAUUGAACAUAAAAAUAUUAAGUUAUCCCAAUGAAAUCUCAAGAAUUGUGUUGUUUCAGCUCAUUUUAAAUAAGAAGUUUAAACGAGCAAUAUACAUAUAUAUGUUUGAGUGUAAGUAAACAAAUUUUAUUAGUGCAAAGAACAUUUUUAAAAAAUCUAAGUAACCUUUUUAACUGUAAAAUAUAAUAGAAGAGCCAUUUUUGGUUACCCCAAAGAAACUUUUAGCAAAGAACUAGUUUGAGGAACGUUUUUAAAAAUGGAUGUUCUUCAUGCUUAACAUUCUGCCAAUAAAGAACCUUUAAUUUUAGGAGUAUCAAGUGGCCUGGAUUUGUUUUUUUGGGCUUCAACUAGUUGAAGUACUGUUCUGAAUUGACAACAACAACUGUUCUGAAUUGAGAUAUCCAACACUCAGUGACAAUAUGGUGCCCAGUAGGAAGCGUUCUGAGUGAUUUGUGAAUGCUAAGCAGGAAGUUAAUUAGGAACGACACACAUCACCCCAUUUUAUUCUGGUUUUCCCCCCUGUUAUUUUUCAAUGUUUUGCCACCGGACAAACCAAAAA